AUUUUGACAUCUAGCGGUUAAUAGUAGUAUCAAUUAUGUUAGCUUACAGAUUUUUGCGUUAUGCCGCAUCUAUUUAUAGUUUAAUCUAUUGUAUCUAUUCUGUGGUUUAAUAUCAAUGAUGGCCAUUUAGUGAAACAAAAGAUAUUGAUCCAUGUGACACCUGCGGCUUUGAAUCUAAACCUCCGGCGAGAUAGUUGUCUAACCACAUUCUUGUUUGGUUAUAAAUGAUAACAGCGUGCUGUUAUCUCGACAAACAGCGGUACAUGAUUUGUUUACAUAAUUUUCUACACUUGGCUGUACAGCGCUCACCACUCAGCAUUGCUAGCUAUACCUAUUAUACUUAAUCUGUGAUUGCUAAAUUCUUCUCGAAGAACUCCUCGCCAGUCUAUUAAUUUUACGUGUUUUGGGUCCACUUCGUUGUUUACAUAUAUAUUUAUAUCGCAAGUGCAAAAUCGUCGUUUGAAGGUUUUACCAGUAGACUAGUUAAAGUGUUUGUCACACGUUCCUGUUUCUGACUAUGAUUUAUUCUGAAGACGGUGACGGGAUGACGCAAGACGUUUUCAAAGCGAUAUUUGUCAAUGACUUUGACGGUCUUCAGAAGAUUUACGCCAAACACGACCUGAGCACGGACAUACUGGACGAACAUGGCAUGACACCGCUCCAACACGCAGCGUAUAAGGGCAACGAACAAAUCGUCCGUUGGCUGUUGAACAGGGGUGCUGACGUUAAUUCAGGAAAACACAAGUACCAGUAUACUGCCCUACAUUUUGCUGCACUCAGCGGCAACCCCGUUGUAUGCAGUUUGCUGUUGGCCGCUGGUGCCAAAAGUGAUGUGACCAAUACCGUUGGACGCACAGCUUCACAAAUGGGUGCUUUCGUUGGCAAUCACAAUUGUGUGGCUGUAAUUAGCAAUUAUGUACCAGAAGAAGAAGUCACUUGUUAUACAAUACCAGAUUCAAAUGAAAACGAACCAAAGUUACCUCCAGAGUUAGCUCAACCUGUUCACAAAUUUAUUAUGAUGACCAACAUCCAUCCAGUGAAAGUGGCUCUAGAAAUACCUCCAGUUUUCCUGGUUGAUGAUAAUGCGUCAAAAAUUUUCAAAGUGUUGAAUUUGAUGUGCGAACGCGAAAUUAAUAAACAACUAGAAACAAAUGAAGUGAUGGCUUUUAAGUUUCAUUAUUUAGCUAGCAUUCUGAUUGAAAUUGUCAAUGAUGUAAAAAGUGAAAAACAGUCAGAUCCAAAGGAAUUAUUCAUUAAGAAAAUAUUAAAAAGUGAAAUUUAUUCUGAAACACUUCUAAAGGAUUGCAUUAGAAUGUUUCCAUUUAGGGACUGUACAAUUUUCAGACAGAUGGUCGCUAGUUUGACAAGAGGUAAAGAUAGUAUGACAGCACUCAACGUUAUACUGGUAAUGAUUGGAAACAGACGUGGAAUGGGCAUAGAUUCGUUUGGCGAAGAACGCAUAUGCGGUACAUGUGCUGAAAAUAAUGCUACCAAAAAAUGUGCCAAAUGCAAAGCUGUGCAAUAUUGUGACCGUGAGUGUCAACGCAUACAUUGGUUUGUUCAUAAAAAGGAAUGUAACAGAGAAGCCAGUAACAAUGGAACUCUACAAACAUCUAUAGACAGUUCACAUGUAGCCGAAAGUUUAUCUGGACUAGGGAUAAAUUAAAUUUCAGCCAAAACAACUUAAAUAACAUGAUGAAAUGUAUUUGCAUUAACUACAUAUUUAUGUAUAAAAUAUUUAACGAUUGAUUGACAGCAUAUGUUUCACGUUUUAAAUUUAGACUAACAUAUAUGUAGAAUUAUUAUUGAGCAAUUAAUAAUAAGAAAAUAUGUGUCAUAAUACAGUUCGUAUAAAUUAAGUCAUUUAGAAGCUUUUGAUAAUGUUUUUUUUUUUUUUUUUUUUUUUAAUAUUGUCAUAAAAACCAUAUUAUUAUAUAAUAGAAGUUUGUGCGUAAAGCAUUUUGAACCUUUAUACCUUUGUUAGAUAGUUUUUGAUUUGUUUCCAAUUUAAUAACAAGUAAUAUUGUACCUGUUUUUAAAACAUUUUUGCUGAUUAAUAUUCAAUCAUUAAUUUGAUUCAAUAAAACCUCCGUUUAAACUUAAAACGAUAAGGUCUAAAUAUAUAAUGUAAUUUAAUCUGUUAGAUGAUCGAUAAAAUAUUGUAUGCUGUUUUGUGUUUGUCAAUUGGACAUGAAAUAUAUUACUACUCAUUACUUAAUAGUAUUAAUUUUAUAAUAAA